UAUUGAUGUUGUUUUUAAAUUGAAGUUACAUAAAGCUUUGUUUUAUUUAUUUUUUACAGAAAUGGCAGACACCGCUGGAUCGACAUUGAUAAACCAGUAUUAACAGGUAAGAGCCAACAGCUGAUCAAUAGGACCUUUAUAUAAUAGUGCUCAUAGGAAACCAGGUGUGUAGUUCUUCCUUUAAAAAAGUUCUUGCUAGUAAAGGUCCCGACAUUUCUGAAUCUGUGCCCCUCAGUUACCAAAUGACAUCCAUUUAUAUUUCAGCACUGACAUUCCUUUAAAAUAAAACAAAAUAAAAGAUGACUUUUGGGUGCAAAAAACCUUUGACUUAAUUUGAGUACUAGCCUACCCAAACAUGCAUAAUAACACCUUUUACAAAUUACAAAUAUUUUCAUAAAUGUGCAGUCUGUUAAAUAUAAUCUACAAAUCUUUUAUCAUAAAACAUGGAGCAUAUUUGUGUUCUUUUAUUGAUUUGUAGUGUUUGUUUUUUGUGUUUUUAAGAGGGCUUGCUAUCAGGCCAAUUACAGAUAGUAGGCCUCUGCCUAUAUAAUAUAUAAUAUCACUCUCUAUUUUUUCCAUUAUACAUACAUGACUGUCAUUAAAACCAAACCUAGAUGAUAAAACUCACUGAAAUAAAACCAUAUCUUUGUUUCAUGGGUUCAUCAGAUCAAUGCCUUAUGAGAAUCCUCACAGCACCUAUCACUGUACCGUCUCAUUGCUUUCCAUGUGGUCACUUGCAUAACACAAGUAGUGCAGUGAAAUCAAGACCGUUGUGGAGAAAAAUCAUAUUACACACAGGCCAAUUUUGCAUUGAUUCAUAGCCUACAGGAUUCAUACAGAUCACAUGAUAAGGAAAAACAUGACUAAGCACAUUUAGGAUUAAUUUAUGCUUUUCUUUCCACAGAAUCACAACAGGGUUUUUCCCCAAGAAACUUAAGUAUGUGCUGACAUUACAGUUCAAGGACUCUAUGAAUGUCAAAUGUGCAUGUUGCUUUUAUUAAUAUUGUUUUAAAUAUAAACAAUAAAAUCACAAUGAUAACAUCAUGUUUAUGAGCAAUUCAAAAAAAGCAGUCACCAGCCAGCCAUGCCUCUUUCUGUAAAGUAAGCCGUUCUCUAAACAGUGACCAUGAUGGACUGAUUCCAACAUCGACUCAAAUCAAGAGAACAUGUCAACGCCACAGCCUUUUUUUUAACGCAAUAUCAUGUGUGUUGUAUUGUUAUUCGCGUUGUUUACUUGCACUUCCGUACGGGUUAAAUCACGUUGUUCCUUAUUCAGUGUCUCUAUCAGUGGUUUCAAGGAUAAAAAUGAACGAAACUAUGAACAUUGCUCUUGUGAGCUUGGGCGCAGCUACUGAAUUUGAAGGUUAAAAACACUAGUGAUGGCCGCUUUCGGAGCACUGCUUCGUGAAGCUUCGAAACUUUUACGAAUCAUUUGUUUCGAAACAGUCUUUAGGUGUGAAUCAUGCGAGUUCAUUGUGGUCGCCUACCAGCGGCGAAACAUUGAACCAGCGUCUAUGGUUUUUACCUGAUCUCGGAUCAGUUUCAUCAAUUUGUAGACAUUUUUAACAAGACAUUUGUGUAAAUAAAUUGGAUGAGAAGUAGUUAAUAUAUCUUUCUGGCCUAUAUAUACAAGCUCUCCAUAAAACAAAACAAGCCUUGCAAAUUAAUAGAAAAUAUUUUAAAAGCCACAUAUUAUACAGACACUUCAUAUUUAAUUAUAUUUAAUCAUUUUUAUGGCAUUUAAUGUAUUAUACUUUAAAAAAAAAAACACUUGCAAUGGGGUUUUAAAAUCUGUUUUUAUAAAUGUUUUAGCCUGAGUUUUUGUUGCAUUUACACACUUUUGACCAGCAGGCGUCACCAGCGUGUGGUGUUUCGAGCGCUUCGAAACAGUGAAUCAUUUUACGUACAAUUGGUUCAAUUGAUUCGAAGCUUCGGGUUCGUUUCUCCCACCAUUAAAAAACACCCAAGAUGGAGGCUUGAAAAACAAGGACAAAGAUGGUGGGGGUUUUACCAGCUGUAUGACAUGAGAACGAUAUUUUUGACAUGCGGUUUUCUCCUUUCCGUUGUCGCAUUUGGAAAAGCUUGUGGGCCUAGUGAAUAUAAAUCAGCUGCUGAAGAGUGCUGCCCCAUGUGCAAUAUUGGAUCAGUAGUACGCAGUGACUGUAGUGGGGAUUUGAGUACUACAUGCAAACCCUGCAGUCCAGGAACAUUCAUUAGUGAACCAAACGGCCUUCACAAAUGCUUCACAUGCAGAGACUGUGGUGAAAGUCAAGGCCUUUACAUCCAGAGUACAUGCACUACAAUAAAAGACACUAUCUGUGAUGUGCUUGAUGGCUAUUACUGCAUUGAUUACUCCAAUUCACAGUGCCAUCAUGCUCAGAAACAUAGUGUUUGUAAACCAGGACAAGAAACAAAAAGACCAGGAACAAAGACUUUGGAUACAAUAUGUGUGAACUGUCCUCAUGGAUUUUUUUCUCCAUCGGGUCUAAUCUGCACCAAAUGGACAGAUUGCACAGCUAGGAAUCAAAUACAGACAGAAGUUGGCGACUCUGUUAAAGAUGUCAUAUGCACACCAAAAAGUCGGGGAAGAUAUGGUCUCAUAUUUCCGGUGUCUUUAAUAUCAUUGUUCCCCAUAAUUCUAUACCUGUGGACAAUGUGCAGUGAGUGAAUUUAAUUUUUAUUCAUUAUUGAAUUGUUUGAUUUAUGUUGUUGGUUUUCUCUGAAACCUCUAGCAAAUACCUAACCAAAUGCUGGCGGUUUUGUUGGUGAUUAUUAAAAUGGAAGAUUCUAAUGAGUUAAAUCAUUAAAUGUUUCUUUUUUUAUUUCAUACACAGUCAACUGCUAAUAUUGAUGUGAUCUUGCUUGUAUAGAGAUCAGCUAGAUGCAAUUGAUUUUAACAUCACAGAAUCCUGUAUUAGAUUGUUAUUCUCAAAGUUUGUUAACAGGGUAAAGAAAUGUUUGUAUAAUAUACAUAAAAUAGUAACAUAAUUUAAAUGUUGUUUCUAGCAGAGAUUUUUGAUAUUCACAACUGAUUGUUUGUUUAUGGCACUGUUGUACUAAAUUCACCACAAAUAAUUUCUAUUUUGUGUGUUUUAUAGGUUGUAAACUUAAGUAUCCUGUUGAAGAAACAACGCCUGCACAUAUAACAGAACCCAUAAACAACACACCGUAAGAAGGAGGAAAACAGUGAAGAACAAGUUAUUUCCUAAAAAUCUCAAGUCACCCCGCUGGAUCUCCAGUGGCCCACUUCUCCGAUUGCUGUGACCUUGACGUGGUGGAGAAGCUUGAGGUCCUCCGGCGCUUAAGAACUAUGAGAGCAAGUUCAACCUCAAAAUCACACCUAGGAGGACAAACUAACCACAGCAAGCUAUUUUUUAUUUUUUUGUAGCAGCUCGAGUAUACAUGCAUGUACAGCAAUAUCAUUAAAAGACUCCGUGUGCGUCUCAAUCAGCUCCAUUGCUCCCGAGGUCGUGAAUCAGUAGGUCAUGUACAUGAAUUCGGUCACUGGUAAGUUCCCUGACUCACUGCACGUUGGGACAGUGAUCACUCGAAUUCCAGUGACAUGAUUACGUACAGCGUCAACGGACAAUAUAGUAGAACAUCAUCGCUAGAAUUAACAAACAACAGGCAGGACCUUUCUCAUUUUUAUAUUAUUUUUUUAUUCUCUUUAAAGACAUUGUUCUGUUACUUGUUCUUACAACAUUUCAGCUGAAUAUUAAUUAUAAAUGUUUAUUAGAUUCAAUUCAAUUCAGUUUAUUUAUAAAGCACCACUAAACACAACUAUCGUUGACCAGGGUGCUGUACGAGAAAGUCUUACAAGUAACCACAAACAGAAUUAAAAACAAAAACAAGGUCACAAAUAACACUGCAAAACACAGGGCAGAGCAAAAUCAAAUCACGAGUAAUAAGCCAGUUCAAAUAAAAAUGUUUUUAACCUGGAUUUAAAAAUGGGUAGUGUAGGGGCGGCCCUGAUUUCUGUAGGAAGACUAUUCCAAAGUCUCGGAGCAGCUACGGAGAAUGCUCGAUCACCCCUAGACUUGAGUCUGGUUCUGGGAAUCACUAAGAGCCUUAAGUUGGCAGACCUAAGAGCUCUUGUAGGUUGGUGGUCUGUCACUCUUCAGAUGUGUUCAUUACCUGUCUAGCGAUGUGUGUUCAUGUUAAAAUAUACCAAGAAAACGGUUUGUCUUUUCAAAUCUUCUAUCGCGUGUGGCUCGUGUGGGUUUUUUUUUGCGUUUCAGAAAUGUAACGUUAUUUCCGGUAAGGGAGCAUAGUGAGCGCUGAUGCUCCCUAGAAUUCGCGAUGCAUUGUGGGAUUUUUCAGGGAGCGAACGUUCCAGUGCACUGGAAGGAUUUCACGAUUGAGACCCUUAGAAUGGCCGACUCCCUGAUCAGUGCCCUGACUACUGAACAAGGGAGCUGAUUGAGACGCACCCUCACUCAUUCCUGACACAACAACAAAUAGACAGCAUGUGAAAUAACAUACUGCAAGAGGGCCAACUACAUAUGUAGGGAGACCAGGCAGGGCUAGUGCACACUUUUCUCAGUGACCAUUUACUAGGGUUGUAUUUCAGUCAAUGUCUUGAUUGUAAAAAGUGAUUCAUGAAACAGCUGAAAUGAAAAAGAUCACAUACACAUACAAAUCUCAGUUUACAAUUCUGCUUCAGUACCCCUAAAAGUAAGUUUUAAUCUAUUUUGCACUUUGUGUUUUAGAAUAUUGUUUCUAACAGCAGCACGAAUAACCUUGUUUGAAAAUUAAGAACAUUUUUCUGCUUGCUUGCUUCACCGUGUAUAUAACGCACCUCCACUAAUGUCAGAUUGGCUGCCCUGUAUUUUGAAUACGCUAGUUGAUCAUUUAUAAUUUUCUGCUCAUAAAUACAGUAGCCCUAAAAUGUAUUUGGACAUGUUUGGGCCCUUAAGCCACGCCUGCAGUGUAUAAAUUGAUUUCUUAUAUCUAUUGUUUUGUCACUAGUUUUUUUUUUAAAUUGUGCUUGUACAUAUGACAUAUUCUACAGCUUUAAAACAGUGCUUAAGAAGCACUUAAGUUGUAGUUAAAUAUGGUCAUUACUGUUAUCAAAUGAGUUAUCUUGAUAUUUGUCCAGUUUGUAUUGAUCACUGCUGUGAAAAAGGCAAUGCUAGUAAAAUUCUACUAUUAUAUGAUGAUUAUAUAUAUAUUUUUUUAUCUCAUGGUUUUAUACCUUAUGUGCACUACAUCUAAUUAAGUACCUUUAUGUUUUGGGUUGUUGUAUGUUUCAAUGAUAAAAGUGAACACAGAAACCUAAAACUGACUUUAAAUAUUAAGGAAAAAUGAGCAGACAAUACAGUGCCCACACUUGGAUCAUCUAUCAAGCAACAAGUUGUGCUGGUAUUCAAAACUAAGACUGUUUCUCUUUAUGGUGUAAGUUCUUUAACAAGAUCAGUUAAAAUCUUUACAGGACAUAAAAGAGCUGUAAGUCAUUACUGAACUGCUAAGACUGCAUAGACUUUCAGAAUGUGGCUACUGAGCAUUCAUUUGUCUUUAGUUACAACACAGUGAUAAUGUAACAACAUUCAGUGUGUGUAAUUUAUAUCUAGGAAACUAGUUUCUUAACAGCUCUGCAUGUUUGCUUUAGUGUUUGCAGCGUCCUAAUCAUGUCUAUGAAUAAAAUGUUCAUGGUGAAUCGACA